CGGGGCCUGGCGUGUGGCUCGCUGUCGACGAGCGCAGCGCUCGCGCAGUCCUGCCGGAGUUGGGACGAUUCGAGUUUGUUUGGCGUUCACUUUGUUACGGGAUGUGUGCGCUCGCUCGGGAUUUACGGGGCCGCUCGGCGACGGCCGCGGCGGGCAGCGGGAGGCUCUUUCCCUGAGAAGCGGAGCCGAAGACGCUUUGAGAAGUUUGGAGGAAGGCGGGCGGUACAGCUCCUCUGCCAGGCGGGCAGUGCCUUUCACUUCAUGGUCCUGCCGAGGUGCUCAGAUGGGAUUUCUGUCCAGAUGGAGCUGCACGACGAGCCUGGCGUGUGCCAGUAGCAGGAUGUCCGGCUGGCACUGUCUGCUCUUUUUGGCUGUGUGCUCCGUGCCGCUUGUAGCCCUAGGACGUCCUCAGCCCUCGCCACCUGAAGAUGCCAAUGCAGAACCAGAAGAUUCGCCAGUCCAAUUCCAAAUCACACAGCCGGUGGUGCGCUCCUUUCCUGUGGGAGACCAGUUGAAGCUGCGGUGCCCCCUCUUGGAGCCUGGCAGCCUUAUAUGGACCAAGGAUGGCUAUGCACUGGCGCCCAACAAUAGGACGUUCAUUUUUGAGAGGCUCUUGCAGAUUAACGAUGCUUCGCCCCUGGACUCGGGCCUGUACGCGUGCAGCACAGUCCGGCCCCUCGGCCCCGACACGCUCUACUUCAUUGUCAAUGUCACAGAUUCUAUGUCUUCUGGGGACGAGGACGACGACUUGGACAUGUCAGAGGACAUCAUCGGUGACCGGCACCAGAGCACAGAAGCCCCCUACUGGAAGCACCCGGAGAAGAUGGAGAAGCUGCGCUCCGUCCCGGCCUCCUCCUCCGUCAGGUUACGCUGCGUGGCUGGUGGGCAUCCGACCCCCGCAAUCCGCUGGCUUAAAAACGGCCAGGACUUCAAGCUGGAGCAUCGCGACGGGGGAUACAAGGUGAGGCCUCAGCACUGGACCCUCAUCCUGGAGCGGGUGGUCCCGCCGGACUCGGGGAUGUACACCUGCGUCGUCCAUAAUGAGUUUGGCUCCAUCAACCACACCUGUCAGUUGGAUGUUCUGGACUCCUUGACCAAAUUCCAGAUUUCACAGCCAGUAGUUCACUCCUUCCACUCGGGAGAAGCACUGAAACUGGACUGCCAGCUGUCGGAGCCUGGCACCGUUGUGUGGACCAAGGACGGGUCCCCUGUAAAGCCUAACAACAGGACGGCCAUCACAGAUGGCUCCUUGCAGAUUGGCGAUGCUUCGCCCACGGACUCGGGCCUGUACGCGUGUAGCACGGUGAGACCGCUGGCUGUGCUCUACUUCAUUGUCAACGUCACAGAUGCCAGCUCAUCCGGGGACGAGGAUGACGACUUGGACAGGCCAGAGGAUGCCAACAGUGACCAGCAGCAGAGCACAGGAGCCCCCUACUGGACGCAGCCUGAGAAGAUGGAGAAGAAGCUUCAUGCUGUUCCUGCUGCCAACACCGUCAAGUUUCGGUGCGCAGCGGGUGGGUAUCCGAAUCCUGGGCUUCGGUGGCUUAAAAAUGGCCGGGAGUUCAAGCAGGAGCAUCGCAUUGGUGGAUACAAGGUGAGAUCCCAGCACUGGAGUCUGAUCAUGGAGAGCGUCGUCCCAUCAGACAAGGGCAACUACACCUGCAUCGUGCAGAACGAGUACGGCUCCAUCAACCACACCUACCACCUGGAUGUUGUUGAGCGCUCCCCUCAUCGGCCCAUCCUGCAGGCCGGCCUGCCAGCCAACACCACGGUGUACGUGGGCGAGGAGGCCCAGUUCAUGUGCAAGGUGUACAGCGAUGCCCAGCCGCACAUCCAGUGGCUCAAGCACAUCGAGAAGAACGGGAGCCGCUACGGGGCCGAUGGGCAGCCCUACGUGCACGUGCUCAAGACGGCCGGGGUUAACACCACGGACAAAGAGAUUGAGCUUCUCUAUCUGCCCAAUGUCACUUUCGAGGACGCUGGGGAGUAUACGUGCUUGGCGGGUAAUUCUAUUGGGAUCUCCUAUCACACUGCAUGGUUGACCGUUCUGCCAGUUCCUCAGAAUGAGAGCAAGGAGAGGCUGACCUCGCCCGACUACGUGGAGAUCGCCAUCUACUGCAUCGGAGUCUUCCUCAUCGCCUGCAUGGUCGUCACGGUGAUCGUGUGCCGCAUGAGGAGCUCCAGCAAGAAGUCGGACUUCAGCAGCCAGCCGGCGGUCCACAAGCUCACCAAGCAGAUCCCCCUGCGCAGACAGGUGUCGGCCGACUCCAGUUCCUCCAUGAGCUCCAGCACACCUCUGGUACGAAUCACCACCCGCCUCUCGUCAGCCGUUGAUGUGCCCAUGCUGGCCGGAGUGCCCGAGUACGACCUUCCUGAGGACCCCCGCUGGGAGUUUGAGAGAGACAAGCUCACUUUGGGCAAACCCCUCGGAGAAGGCUGCUUUGGACAGGUGGUCAUGGCAGAAGCUCUGGGGAUUGACAAGGACAAACCCAAGGAGGCCAUCACGGUGGCAGUGAAAAUGCUCAAAGACGAUGGCACCGAGAAGGACCUGUCUGAUCUGGUAUCGGAAAUGGAAAUGAUGAAGAUGAUCGGGAAGCACAAAAACAUCAUCAAUCUUCUGGGCGCCUGCACCCAGGAUGGCCCGCUCUACGUCAUCGUGGAAUACGCCUCCAAGGGAAACUUGCGGGAGUACCUCCGUGCCCGACGCCCGCCUGGCAUGGAGUACUCGUACGACAUCACCAGGGUGCCCAACGAGCAGCUGACCUUCAAGGACCUGGUGUCCUGCACUUACCAGGUGGCAAGAGGCAUGGAGUACCUGGCAUCCCAGAAGUGCAUUCAUCGAGACCUGGCAGCCAGAAAUGUGUUGGUGACGGAGAACAACGUGAUGAAGAUCGCCGACUUUGGGCUGGCAAGAGACGUCAACAACAUCGAUUAUUACAAGAAGACGACCAACGGUCGGCUUCCUGUCAAGUGGAUGGCACCAGAGGCGCUCUUUGACCGGGUGUACACGCACCAGAGUGACGUGUGGUCCUUUGGUGUGCUGAUGUGGGAGAUCUUCACGUUGGGUGGCUCACCGUACCCGGGCAUUCCUGUGGAGGAACUUUUCAAGCUCUUGAAAGAGGGGCACCGGAUGGACAAGCCGGGCAACUGCACCAACGAGCUGUACAUGAUGAUGCGCGACUGCUGGCAUGCCAUCUCCUCUCAGCGGCCCACCUUCAAGCAGCUGGUCGAGGACUUGGACCGCAUUCUUACCCUGACGACCAAUGAGGAGUACCUGGACCUGUGUGCCCCGGCCGAGCGGUACUCGCCCAGCCUGCCCGACACCCGCAGCUCCUGCUCGUCGGGUGACGACUCGGUGUUUUCGGACGACCCCCUGCCCGAUGAGCCCUGUCUUCCUAAGUUUAAGCACAUCAACGGGAGCCUAAAGACAUGAGAGGAGGGCGGCCGCUGCUUGUGCCAGCGGGCAGCGAGCGCAAUGUUUCUUGCCAUGGCCACGGGGGCAGGCGGCUCAGGAUGCCCGUCUCGUUGGCCUGGCGAGCCACAGACUGACUUUAGUCCACAUUGGAUGGACGGCGGGGGCACCUCGUCGAGUUAUGUGUAAAUAUCUCAGAUAUGUAUAAAUAUUAUAUAUUAUUAUUAUUAUUCUAUUUACAUGAAAUUAUUUUUUUGUAAGGAGGGAAGGCGACGCCCUGUUUUUGUAAACUGCCAACACUUUUGGGUUUCCUUUUGUUUUUGUUUUUUUGCCACUGCCAUCACGUUGGCACAUUGCUUUCAGGGACGAGGUAGCACGUUAAUUUAUUGACUUUUUGUAAAAAGAAACACAACCCGACCAGCGGCACGUGACGAGGUGCCCAGUGGGUACACUUGGGUGGCACACCUGUCACCAGACGUGGUGGGUACGUUUGGAUGGCACAUGUCACUGAACCUGGCAGGUACACUUGGGCGGCACGUGUCAUGCAACCAUUGGGUACGCUUGGGUGCCACACGUGUCGCUGUGGGGGCUUCCUUUUGUAUUUUUUUAAAUGUGAAUACGUGUUAAGUUAAUGUCUUUGCCCGUCGAGGGUCCCGCGCGGACCCCCCUACUAAGUGUAGAUUAUACAGAAGAGGAAAUUAUCAACUAAAAAGACU